CGAAAUAUAAUGAGUGGGUAACUUCUUUUGCAUAAUGGAUGCACAAAUUGAACUCCUGAACAACAUAAUCGAUAGAGUUAUACUUACCCUCGGGCUUUUAGAUUUCUGAAGGCUUUUUUCCAACUGUAGGUCCAUCGGAGUGGCAGGAGACAAGUGCUUCGAUAAUGACUUUACUGAAAAAACCCCAUUAGUUUCCAUUAACCAGAUUCUUUUAUUCUCAAUAUUGGAUAAUCUUGUCCUUUCCAAGGAGCCCAGGAGAAGUUGAAAAUUAGAGAUUUCAAGCUCCUAACAAUCUUCUGAAAUCAAGAAACCCAGAGGAAGUGGAGGCGUUCCAAUGUUCUACAACCGAGCCUUUUGGAUUAAGGGCAAUUCUGUACAGCUUGGGAGUGUGGUCUUCAAAGCAAUUCUAUCCAUUCAUGGAUCCAACCAAAACAAAAUUUUGUCACCCUUUCCAACUUUAAAAGCUGCCACACUAUCUAGAAAUAUUUAUCCAAGGGCUUCUUAAACUUGAAUUUUCUUUGCCACUUGUGUGCCACUGGAAGAGGCUACUCCCGUGAAUACUACAAACCACCUUAUACCAUAGAGAGUUUUGUUCUGCCAUGAACCUCCACCUCCACUUGGCAAGAAGAGUAAUGUUUCUAAAUUUCAGCUUGUCCAGCCCAAGGCCCCCAUCUCCUUGGGGUUUGGAAACUAAUUCCCAUUUCACUAGGUGGUUCAACUUGCUACCGUUGUUCCCUUCUCAAAAGAAGUUCCUCCAUGGUUCUUUCAAUGGAAUUAGAGAUUUUUUUGGCAUGAGGAAUGUUUAGCAAUUCCUCAUGGAUGCCGCUAAGGAGAUCUUACUUUCCCCAAUAUUAAUUCCGCAUAUAGAUGACUUUUCCCAAUUUAUCUUUUGCCCAUAACACUAAAAUAUUUCAAGCGUCUUUUUAACGUUUUCAUGAAUAACUUCAUCAAACUUGGAAAAUAUUAAGGUGUUGUCUGCAAAUUGAAGGAGGGGAACAUGAACAUUGUUCUUUCCUACCAUGAAACCUUCAUACAAACCGUUCAAGUGUAGAUUUGAGAUGAAACUACUAAGCACUUCGCUAACCAUAAGAAAAGAAAGAGGGAAAGGGGAUCCCCUUGCUUUAACCCUCUUGAGGCUUGAAUUCUUCCUCUGGGCCUCCCAUUGACGAAUUCUGAAUACUUAGGGUUUUUAACACAAUCCAUGAUCAAUCCAGCACACAAGCAGCAGAGACAGCGGAGUUUGAAGGCGUUUUCGGAGGCAGUGUCUGUUCCUAACAGAGAAAACUAGGGUUUUCACAACUAUGUCUUGCUUGGAUAUACAGCAAGUUCUCAAUGAUUACAAAACCAAAGACCCACUCACCAUCACUACUCUCAAGCUCAAUCAAAAGGCUCUUUCUGAUAUAAAUGGUUUGUCCCUUUUCAAAAACUUGGAGAAGCUUGAUUUGACAUUCAACAAUCUCACAUCGCUUCAGGGGUUGGAGUCAUGCACCAAUUUGAAGUGGCUCUCAGUUGUACAAAACAAACUUGAUAACUUAAAAGGAAUUGAAGGGCUUUCUAGACUUAAUGUAUUAAAUGCGGGAAAGAAUAAGCUUCGGUCAAUGGACGAAAUUAGACCCCUUGUUGGCUUUUGUGCUUUGAUUUUGAAUGACAAUGAGAUUGCUUCUAUUUGCAAGCUUGAUCAGAUGAAGAACCUGAAUACUCUGGUUCUUUCUAGAAAUCCAAUCCACAGUAUUGGAGAUUCUUUGUUGAAAGUGAAUUCAAUGAAAAAGCUAUCCCUUUCUAACUGCAAACAUCAAUCUAUUGAAUCCCUCAAGUUUUGUAUCGAACUUAAAGAGCUUAGACUUGCUCACAAUGAAAUCAGGAUGCUCCCCAAUGCUUUGGCUCAUAACAAGAAGUUGUUGAAUUUGGAUUUGGGAAAUAAUGUCAUCAUGAGAUGGUCAGAUUUAAAGGUAUUGAGUUCAUUAGGCUAUCUGAGGAAUAUUUAUGUUCGAGGGAAUCCUAUUGCUGAAAGUGCUAAGUUAGAUAAAAAGAUUUGUCGACUGGUUCCAGGCUUGCGUGUAUUGAAUGCGAGAUCAAUUGAUAAAUGCAUUCAGAAUGAGAAUGAUAAUGGGAGUGAUAAAGAAGACGACACUCCAAUCAGGAGCCUAGAUCGUCAAAAAGAGAAAAAGGAUAGAAAACUGAAUGGGAAUGUUGAAACACACCCGUCUGUUCAAGGCACUGAUGGCAAACUUGAUCAUACUAAUGGUGCUGAUGUGGACAGGAAGUUGGAACGCAAAAAACGUAAGAUGGAUAAGGUCACCAGGGAGGAGAAAGUAAUUCCAUCUCUUGACAAUAAGAUAAAUCUCGGUACCAAUGAUAUUGAUAAGGAAAAGAAGACUUCAAAGCAGAAAAGAACAAAAAGCAAUAAGGAGCCAUCUUUGCCAAUACACAAGGAGACACUUACCAAGAUUGAAAACCAUAAGAAGAAAGCAAAGAAGGAAGGGGAAAGGCAGAUUGGUGUUAUUGACGACGCUGAAGUGCCAUUUGAACAGCUUUUCGGAGAUGAUCUUAUUGAAGACAUGGAUGCUGUUCUCCAAAAGGUUGGUGAGAAAGAAGUAGAGGAGAUGAAUUUAAAGCCUAACUUGGCAUCAUUUUCAGCUAAUAGAAAGGAAUCUAAAAGCCAAGAUCGAGUUGGAAGGUUACAAAUAUCCCCAAUAGUUGAAAUUGGAAUGGACGGAAUAUCAACAUGGGGGGAUGAGUAAUUGCAAUGCAAAGGCAUUCAGUUACUUAGGAAAAUUUGGAUCAAUCAUGGCAGCACCGUGGUCGGACAGGUGUGGAAUGCAGUAAUAGAAAAAGAGAAUGGGUUUUAGAAACUCAUUUCAGUUGUUGGUCUUG